AUGGCGUCGACGGCGGGGUACCUGGCGCGGCAGGCGGCGCAGAAGGAGCAGGUGCGCCUGCUCUACCGCAGGGCGCUCAAGGACACGCUCAACUGGGCCGUCCACCGCCACCUCUUCUACCAGGACGCGUCGGAUCUCCAGGACAAGUUCGAGGCCAACCGACACGUGGAUAACCUGGACGUGAUUGAUAGGCUCUCAUCGACGAUGCGGGAGGCUCAGUACAGGGAACUUCCAGCACCCCGAUCCUACAUUGGUAGAGAUUUCUCUUGUCGUCCUGGUCUUUUGUUCAGUGAAG